UUCUCUCUCUCUCUCUCUCUCUCUCCCCCUCUGAAGCCCCCACGCCCCUCCAUCUCUCUCCGCCUUUGGAUAGGGUGCUCCGCGGCCGGUGGCGAUGGCGCAACCAGCGGCACAGGUGGCGCCGGCGACGCAGGGGCGGCAGCAGCAGCGUCAGCAGGCGGGGUUCGGGCAGACGGUGGCGGGGAUCAUCCGGAUGGCAGUGUUCUGGUACUUCGCCAUGAAGUUCUUCUCCCCCAAGAAGCCCUCUGAGCCCUCCCAUCUCAUCUCCAAUCUCUUCCAGAAGGGCGAGCCCUUGGACAUGUGGCUAUAUCUUUCUGAACAGGAGAAGUUUAAUGACUUCGGCAACGAAGAUGCUCUUGUUUGGCAUGAGGCAAACAUUCCAUAUGCAGUUUGGGUCCCGGGUAGUACUAGGUCUACUUCCCUGAAGUAUUAUCCAUCAGAGGCUGUGAAGCACAAUGGGAGCCUGUAUGCUCAUGUUUUCUUUGCACGCUCAGGAUACCCUCCAGAUCCUAGUGAUCCUGAGUAUGAGCCAAAAUCUGCCUUUGGGAGGACACAUCCUGUUGUGACAUUCUUGCCCAAGUCCAAAGCUGAUAAAAGGAAGAGUCUGCUGGGAAAUUCCAAGGGGGCUGAAAAGGAAGAACAAGCACCUGAGUCGAAGGAUGAUACACAGGCAGAAGCUAAGGAUGAGGGUCUGGUAGAAUGGGUCUCCUAUUGGAAACCAAAUAUUACCAUUAAUCUUGUCGAUGAUUUUACACGAUACCCUCAUAACAACAUUCCUCCAAACAUUAUUGGCUAUCUGAAUAUAGAACCUUCUACUGGGAACUACUACCCCACAAUCUUCUUCAAUGAAUUCUGGCUGUUGAGGGAUAAACUGAUACCACUCAAUGAUACUGCGAAGGAGUUGCCCGUUAAUCUGGAAUUGGGUCCAAUUAGCAUGACCAAGUGGCAGUUGUUUUUACAGAUUGAGCAGUCAUUCCAGAUUCACCGUAAUUAUGGAAGUAUGCUUGAAGGCGAGGCUGAUGAACUCAAGAGGGUGUUCUUGGAAGGAAAUCCAUACCUGCUGGUGGUAACGAUGGUUGUAUCUGUACUACAUUCUGUGUUUGAUUUCUUGGCUUUCAAGAAUGAUAUUCAGUUUUGGAAUAAAAACAAGUCUAUGGAAGGAUUAUCUGCAAAAUCAGUGGUGGUGAGCUUUAUCUGCCAGCUGAUUGUUUUCCUUUACCUCCUUGAUAAUGAUACCUCAUGGAUGAUUCUGGCUAGUUCUGGAAUUGGUGUCUGCAUCGAGUUUUGGAAAAUUGGGAAAGCGAUGCAUAUUGAAAUUGACAGAAGCAGAAGGAUUCCAAUGUUGAAAUUUCGAGACCGUGAAUCAUAUACAAAGAACAAAACUAAGGAGUAUGAUGAUCUUGCAAUGAAGUAUCUAUCAUAUGUUCUUUUUUUUCUUGUGGCUUGCUCCUCUGUCUAUUCUCUCAUAUACGAGCAGCAUAAAAGCUGGUAUUCUUGGAUACUCUCUUCUCUCACCAGCUGCGUCUACAUGUUUGGUUUUAUCAUGAUGUGCCCACAGCUCUUCAUAAAUUACAAACUUAAGUCUGUAACUCAUUUACCCUGGAGACAGAUGACCUACAAAUUUCUCAACACUAUCAUUGAUGACCUCUUCGCGUUUGUCAUCAAAAUGCCAAUGCUGCAUCGUUUAUCUGUUUUCCGAGAUGAUGUUAUUUUCUUAAUAUAUUUGUACCAGAGAUGGAUAUAUCCAGUAGAUAGGAAACGUGUUAAUGAGUUCGGCUUUGGAGGUGAAGAUGAAGACCAGAGCAAUCAAAGCUUGGUUGCCAAUGAUGUGACGGCAGCUCAGGAUGGUGAUGCCAGUACUGAUGACAACAAGAAGACCAAUUGAGCUUGAAGAUUCAUAUCGCAGUAGGUGCCAUGGCAUGGCCAGUUUAAAAACGGUUUCAGUUCCUUCGCUGUUGGAUAUAAGUUAGCCCCCCAUCUUGGGUUGGUCAUCUCUGCCACAUGGCAAAAUUUUAUGGCCAAGCUGGAUGAAUGAUAAGGCCGCCAACACCGACCAUUUGAUGUUGCAGUCCUAUGCGCACUAUGAACAGUAUCUUGACGUAUGGGUUGGAUAUACUCUAGAGUUCAUAAACAUUGCUUUGAAUGUAAUUAAACAAAUCAGUAGCUUAAAAUUCAACCAAUAUGUUGGCAUGGUUAGAUGCUGGUGUUUUAUUCCUUCAAGGCAACUCAGGUUUGUUGUGUUGUAACUUGGCCUUAUGGAGAUGUCGUUCAUGGUUCAAAUCAUAUUCGUCAUGUCCAGGUUGGAGUCAGACAUUAACGUGAUCUCGAAGUCUAUGUUUCCAGUUGUUUAUUAUUUGGAUGACACUGCAUAAAGGUGGUUGGGUUGGUGAUGUUUUUCCA